AUGUUAACUGGUCAGAUUAUGCGCAGUUUAGAUAGCAACCUUGAGGUUGGCUUCUUCCUUCAUAUUCCGUUUCAACCGCCGGCAAACUUCAUGACAAAGUAUAAGAUUGUCGCUGAUCCUAUAUUAAGAGGUAUCCUGCGCUUCACAAAGGUGUUGGCCAACAGCGGAGAAGGCGGUUGCUUCUUCUUCUCGGUUGAAAGAUUCGAUUACACAAAGGGUAUAAUGGAAAAGCUUAGAGCGUGGAGGAGGUAUUUCGAGAAACAUCCCGAAAGGAAGGGUCUAGAUGUGCUCUAUCAAAUAGCUGUCACCAAUAGGCGUGCUGUGGAAUCGUACAAAAGAUACCAGGACAGUUGCCUGGAGUUGGCGAAAGAAAUCAACGAGAGUAUUCGAAGUGAAUCACACCCGGACUGGAGACCACUGCGAUUUGACACUGAUGGCCUGCCUCGUGCCCGUCUUAUCGCUCAUUAUCUUGCCAUGGACAUCGGUGUUGUGACCCCAUCCAAAGCAAAGGAAAUGAUGGUAUGUAACCCAUCAGCUUCGCUUGUGCUUUCAUCAGGAGCUGGAACUGAGGAUAUCCCUCCGCCAUCUACGAAUUCCCUUGGUUUGCCUCUCAUCAAACAAGCCAGAGCUGGUGAGAUUUUCCACGUUCUCGAGGAAAAUGACAAGAAGCAGGAGCUCACUGACAAGGAGCAACUUGUGGAAAGGGAUAUGUCUCUGCUGUCCGUAUUACACGAUUACAAUAAGGCCAAUUACCAGCUCAAUCCUGUAUUUGUAAGUCAGGAAGAUUAUAAUGCCUACUACGGUGGGAUUAGCAAUGGUCUCUUGUGGCCGGCACUUCACAAUCUUGCGGAAUACAUCGUGAAGGAGUAUGAUGAUCCUGCUGUUCUCCGUGAACAUUGGUGUGCUUAUGUACGUGUGAACUACCAGUUCGGUAUUAAUGCAGCGCGUAACAGCCGUCCUCAAGAUUUCAUUUGGAUCCAUGAUUACCAUCUCAUGUUAACUGGUCAGAUUAUGCGCAGUUUAGAUAGCAACCUUGAGGUUGGCUUCUUCCUUCAUAUUCCGUUUCAACCGCCGGCAAACUUCAUGACAAAGUAUAAGAUUGUCGCUGAUCCUAUAUUAAGAGGUAUCCUGCGCUUCACAAAGGUAAGCAAGCUUUGUUCAUGUAACUGUUUCUUCAUGGGCACGCAGUUGGAUUCAAACUAUCGAGAUCGUGAGCGCUAUGUCCAGAUGGUAAGAGAGUAUAUCCCUCGAGCGAGAGUGCAUUUCGACAACAGAAUUGACAUAUUCACUGUUACUUAUGAGGGUUGGACGUGCUCAUUGGGAGUGUUCCCUGUGUCGAUCAAAAAUGAAGAUUUUCUCUCGAUUGCCAACGAACCUCAAUGUGCCAUUGAUGCUCAGGAAAUCAAGAAGGAUGUACGUGUUUUUCAUUCCACUUUUUUUCUCAAAACAGUUUAG